AUUCAACGUUCGUGUUUAGUGCGCCUAAAACGUUUGUUGCUCGCAGUCCGCGCAAAAAAAUGGACGUGAAUGCAUAUCGUCGCAUCGGAUCAAUUUAUGUCGUCAUAUGCUGCCUUUUGGCGGCUUUCGGUGCCGCCGUCUGUUUGUAUCAGCUGAUGGAGGCAAAGCCGGCCUGUCGAGAUUUUUCCUGCCCUGAUGGAACGAAAAACAUCAUCAUACUGGCGGUCACCCUAAAGAUCUGCAUAUUGUCGGCAAUGUUUGCUGGAUUGCUAAAAGAUGGCAUUGAAGAGAGAAAAAUAUGUGCCGUUCGAGUGAAUCGAGUGUUUGUCGUGGUGAGAACCCUCUCGCUGAUUGCCCUGUGGACUUGCUGGGCAGUUUUUCACAAUGACGAUCAAUACGUCGAAGGUCUCACUUCCGGUGAAAUUUUAGCGCUUACUUCAUUGUGUGUUGGCUUGUUAGGGAUGACGGUUGUGGAGCUGAUGAUCCUGCAUGGAGUUCUAAAGUACCUGAGAGAUGGUACACCCCCAUACGACAAGAAAAGAGUACCGGAAGUGGUGUACAUACAAGCAUGAUGUGAAAUGAUCGUGAGCCAGUGCGUUGGCCUAAAUAACAUAAAACAUUGUUUAUUUUGUAAGAAAAGCGCGAAAAGCGGAUUCAUAACAUAUGGUAUUUAAAAUAAAACAAACAAAUGAGGAAUGCAUUAGAAGCAACAA